UUCAUCAAAGAAACAGCGAUGAACGGUGCGGUUUUGCUGAGUUUGGUUCUGAUGCUUGUUCAAGUGGCUCUGGCCUACGUACCUCUGGGAUGUGUCAAGAUUAAAAACGCACACUGGUGGGAAUGGUUGAUCAAAUCCAGCGACUUUGACUCGGAACGACGCCACGUUGCACAAGGCAUCCCGUACCAGCGGUGGCACAUCGUGAAGGAUGGUGAAUUUUACUGGAAGAUCAAGCUGGACACGCUGGACGAGGAGCUGUACGAGUCGGACAAGACUUACAACGGGAAUUACAUUUUCACUUGGAAGCCAAAGACGGACAAGGGCAGCGCUGCCCAGUGGAACUUUUUGAGGGCCGAAGGUGGUAAAUUUUUUAUAAAAAAUGUGAAAUUCAACCACUGUUUGAUGGCGAAAGGCGGCAGCUGGAUCAGCGCUUAUCCGUGCAAUUAUAAUGAUGAAAUGUUUGAAUGGCACAUAGAUCAGUGUGGUUAAGGGCAGAGUAAUUCGUAGAUUUUGUAGACAGGUCACAACUGUUGAAACUAAAAUCGUGAUGAAAUUUAAAUAAAGCAAUGUACUUUGUAAGUAUUAA